UGGAAGUCAUUGUUGUCCUUGAAGCCCCCACCACCGACGGCAAGGAAUCCCCAUUUCUAACGGCGACGUAACGGUGGCAACCCCGUUGCAAUUCACAGUGGACUUCUCGGGCUGUCCCUUCCCCUUUCCCCGCAGGGCAUAGUAACGAUGUUGUAACCUCAAGCUUCAACCCUCAGCCCUCCCAAGAACAACCCGCCAAUUCUCCACAGUGAUGGAUUCUUAUCAUCAGACUCACCAUUUCCCCAGGGCUCCUCCACCCCCUCCGCCGCCACCCUCCUCUUCCUCCGCCGCCGCCGAUCCCUAUCACCACCAGCCUUCCUUGAGGCCUCCCGUUCCCCCCCAGGGUCCAUGGUUCCCUAACCAAUUUCAAUACCAUCCUUCGCACUCUGCGUCCCCGACUCCUCCUCCGCCUCCGUCUCAGUGGGGUCCGCCGGUGCCUCACUCUGACCAUGCUCCGCCUCCUCCACCUCCUCCUGGUGCUUAUCCCCCUCAUCCUUAUGCUUCGCAACCUAUGCAUCAUAACCCCUUCCCGCCUCCUCGUCCUCUUAUGUUUCAGCACCCUCCUCAUCAUUCUCAGGUUCCACAGCCUUAUUCCCAGGAAUGGAAUAAUCCGAAUUGGGCUCCGCACCAAGGCUGGGAAUAUCGAGCCCAAAGCAAUGAAGAAGAUUGGGCUGCCAGAGCUAGGGCAUGGGCAGAUGCGAAGACUGCAAUGGAGAAUCAGCAAUCUCAGUUUGCACCCACAGGAAGACUUGAAGAACAGAACUAUUAUCAUGAUCAGUAUUCACAGCCAAUUAAUUCAAAUCAUCCAGAUAUUUCUCAUCAACCUCUUCCCCCUUCAAUCUAUGACCAGUUUUCGGCUUCAGCCACAUCUGUUGCCCGGCCACCAGCAGCUCACCACUUGGAGUCCACACCUGUUACUGUUAGCAGUGAACAUUCUUCUUAUCCUUCAGAUGGACGUCCAACUUACGCUGUUGGUGAUGUUAGUUAUGGAGGCAACAUGAACUCUUCUUUACAUCAUCAAGGAAAGUUAUCUUCAAGUCCAUCGGUUCAUCAGCAGGAGGUACCUUCUAGUAAUUAUUCUGUUACAGGUAAAGAAGACAUUGUAGAUCAAAAUGGACAGUCUUUCAAAUCACUACCUCUGCAAAAUUCUUCAGUUCAUGAUGGGCUGCAGCAUUUCCAACCACCCAAUCCUCCAGCCUAUGCAUAUGGCAAUGAUCCAGGACCAGUUGGUCCUGUAACCAAUCUUGCAGAUCAGCCUUUAGAUUUUGCUCCCAGGUUUGGUCAUGACCAUGGUCUAAGAGCGCAUGCUGGCUUUGCUCGCAAUGAUUCAGGAGGAUCCACUAGAGGCAUUGAUUCUGAUGUCCCUAUGCCUUCAUUAAAUUCAUGGUCUUCUAUUUCUCCUGGCAUGGUUUAUCCACCAAUUCCUCCUCCUUUGGCUUCAGCAACACAGCUUGAUCCUUCAGUAGCUGUUCCUUCUGUUCCUGGACACACACCACCUCCGUUUGGAAGAAUUGUUGGUUCUGGCAUCAGCCCUGCAAUUCCUCCUGCCGCUACUCCAUUUCCUGGAGCUGCACUUCCUCCCCCAGUCAUAUCUGGUGAUGCAUAUGGCAUGUCAAGUAUGUCUGAACGUCCAAAAAAGGCUUCUGUGCCAAAUUGGCUUAGAGAGGAAAUAAAAAAAGCAGUGAUCACAAGCUCUUCUGCUGACCAUCCUAAAGAGGAUGCUGAACUCAUGGAGGAUCGCGGAGUUGACAAGUCUUUUGCAAAGAAUGAUCAAACUGAUAGUAAAAGUAUUGAUUCAUCUAGGUCAACUGAAGAAGAAGAUGAUGAGGAUUUUGUGGAAGGAGCAAGAACUGCAGAAAUAAAUCAAGAAAUCAAGCGUGUGCUGACCGAAGUACUUUUGAAGGUUACUGAUGAACUGUUUGAUGAGAUUGCUACGAAAGUUCUGGAUGAAGAUGAUCUUGCUGUAGAAGCCAAGCCAAAUCAGAAUGUCUCUUCAUCUACCUUGCCAGUCUCAACACCCAAAGGUUCCGCCAAGAUUUUGAUUCCAAUCAAAGUUCAGGAAUCUGAUAAUGAUGAUGCUAGUGAGAAGUCAAAUUCCAGCUCACCUGGAGAUGUACUUGGCCUUGGAAAUUAUGCUUCCGAUGAUGAAAAAAAUGACGAUAGAGAUGGUGAAAGUCAGAGUUCAAAUGUGCAAGGUUCCAAUAUAAAGGCGAAUAUGGAGCCAUCAAGUCCAAAAAGAAAUUUAAGAGAUACGCAGGAUGCAGUUAAGAAUCCAAGCAGUCAAGAAAAUGUUAUAGAGCACAGUGGAAAUCAUACCACAAAUGACAUAAAUGAUGGUUCAACCAGUUCAGCUAAUGAAAUGAGUAAAAGCACAGGGUCAAAUAAGUUGAAUGGUAAUCGGGUGGAUGAAGAAAUGGGUCAAGAACAUUCAUUGAAGCCAAGCUCUAAAGGUCUUAAAGAUAAUGAAAAACGACUUGGUGAUGGAACUGCCUCUGGGACAAAGGAUAAUUUAGGCAUGGUAUCUGAACAACAUGGGAAAAAUUUCAGUGGUAAAAAAGGAUCGAAAGAUUCUCCAGAUUGGGAAACUAAAAUAAAACCUCAUAAAAGUGGCAAGCAGGAGAGUGCUAGUGGUUCUUCAUUGAAAGAUGGUGUUAAGGAAGAAGGGGAGGUAAAAACUAGGACAAGUGAAAAAGCAGAUGAGAUUCGUCGGAAGCAAGAGCACAGGCACCGGAGGAAGGAAGAAAAAGAUGAUCAGCAUCUUCAAAAGGAAAAUUUGAAGGACCAAGGAGUUAAGACUGGCGAGAAAGGUAAGGUUGACUCUAGACACAGGUCUACGCAUCACAAUUCAAAGGAGGAGAAGAGAGAAGACAAGCUUCUAAGGGUUAGCACCAAAGAUGAUACUGACCGAAAAAGGGACUACGCGAAGGAUGAGGAAGGUAGAACGAGACAGAAAAUUUCAAGUGACUCAAGUAGGCACAAGAGCGGUAGAGACAGAACUAAAGCCAAGGUUGUUGAUCAUAAUUCAAGUGAUGACUCAGAUGUUUCUAAAAGGAAGGUAAAUUCAAGAAAACGUGACAAAUCCCCUUCUCCAAUCAGGUCUAAGAGAAGACAAGUAUCGCGGUCACCACAUAGCAAGCACUCUCAGCGCAGGCAUUCUCCCUUCUCUUCUCUUGAAACCACCAGGUAUGACGCAUUGUCUCAUAGAUUAAGUUUGUGUAUGGCAAUUGAAGCAGGACUUUGCUCAAUCUGGCUCUCCGGAUUGCUACUGAUUGCUCUCUCGUUGUACGCUACUCAAUGUUUGCCUUCCUUCAAAGACCAUUUUGUGAAGCCUGAGCUUGGCUCCAAAACCUUGGGUGAUUCACUCAAUCCUUCAAUUUCAAUUUUCUCUGCGCCUCGCCCUUUCGUUGGUAAUAUUGGAGUUCGACAGAGCUUAGCUAUUCGUUCAUGGCUUGCUCUGUCCCCUCAAAUUACAGUCAUUCUGUUUAGCCAAGACCCUUCCAUUGUCUCUUCUGCAAGUUCUUUUAGUUCUCGGGUCUAUAUUGAUAGCGACAUUGAUUUUACAUUCCUUGGAACCCCUUAUUUUCAUUCAAUGAUGACAAGAUCUCAGUCAUUUGCAUCGGACAUUUUUGCAUUUGUUGAUCCUGAAACUAUUCUUCUUCCUGAUUUUAUUUCCACUUUGAAUUACGCUUAUAAACUUGACCGUGAUUGGCUGCUCGUGGCUUCAUCGCGAAACAUUUCGUACAUACCAUUCUACUUUAAUGAGUCCAAGAGUUAUUUCUCAAUGGAGGAUAAACAAUUUACAAGAAUACAGAAGGGGUUGCUCAAUGAGCAUUGGCAAUGGAGUUACUGUGGAGGGAAAGAACUAAUAGCGUGGAACAGCCGGGACAGUCCAUUGCACGGUGGAGUUCUUCCACCCUUCUUGUAUGGAAGAGGGAUCCAUAACAAUUGGGUCAUCAAUGAAGCUAUGGCAUCUGAAUUCAGGUUUGUGUUUGAUGCAAGUUGGACCAUCAGUAGUCUCUAUCUCCAAGAUCUUGAGCAGCCAUCCAAUGGAAGAAAUGAACAUUCAAAUUCUUCAGUUAAUGGAACAAGAAGCUGGGAAUAUUUUGGAAACCACCUUCUUGGUUCACUAUAUGGAUCUUCAUUUCAUCCCCAAGCUAAACAUUCGACUCUAGUGAAACUUCUCAAGUGUAAUGGGCACUAUAUUUUGAUCAACACAACUGAAAACACUCUAGAUCAAUUUGUUUUCGGGAGGAAGAAGAAACCUACAACUUGUGGCCAUGGUUUUCGAUCACUGGAGAAACUGCAAAAUUGCUCAGUGACAAAUGGGAUAUCAUAUUCAGAAACUUUAGAGCUUCCAUUUUCCUUAGAGCUUCUCUUGCCCCUAGUUGCAGACAAGAAUAAGACAAUUGUGCUUGCAAUUGCAGGUUAUAGUUACAAGGAUAUGUUAAUGAGUUGGGUUUGCAGAUUACGCCGCCUAAAGAUUCACAAUUAUUUAGUUUGUGCUCUCGAUUCAGAUACCUAUCAAUUCUCAGUCCUGCAGGGCUUGCCUGUGUACAGAGAUCCAUUGCCUCCAACCAAUAUCAGUUUCAAUGACUGCCACUUCGGAACAGAGUGCUUUCAGAGAGUGACAAAAGUGAAGUCCAGAAUGGUUUUACGGAUAUUAAAGCUGGGUUACAAUGUACUUCUUAGCGACGUUGAUGUAUAUUGGUUUAUGAACCCUCUUCCCUUUCUUUACACUUUCGGUUCUGGUGUUCUUGUAGCACAAUCUGACGAAUACAAAAAAACAGGACCAAUUAACCUACCUAGACGCUUAAACUCUGGUUUUUAUUUUGCUCGUUCUGAUGAAUUGACAAUAGCUGCCAUGGAGAAGGUGGUGAAGCAUGCAGCAACUUCAGAACAAUCAGAGCAGCCAAGCUUCUAUGAUACCCUUUGUGGGGAGGGAGGUAUUAACCGUGUGGGUAGUAAUAAAUGUUUGGAACCUGAAACAAAUUUAACUAUUCAUUUUUUGGAUAGAAACCUCUUUCCUAAUGGUGCAUACCAAGGACUUUGGAAUAAAAAAAAUAUCAAAUCAGCCUGCCGGAAGAAGGGCUGUUUUGUUCUCCACAACAACUGGAUUAGUGGAAGGCUUAAGAAACUGGAACGUCAGAUGUUUUCAGGACUUUGGGAUUAUGACAUGAGCACAAGGAUGUGUAACCAUAACUUGCAAGGUAAAGUUUGGUGAAUUCCUUCAGUACGUUGGAGGAUUUGUAAAACCCUACUUUUGGAUUGGAUGAUUUUUGCCCUCUCCAGUUGCCGAGGGGCUAAACCUAUAUGGUUGGUUGGUAAAUUGAAAGAGGAGCCGUAUGAGGCAGAAAUCUCACGUACGGUUCUAUGGAGGGGAAGUAAGUGUGAGAUAUUUGCUGACUUUUCCACUAUCAUCCCUGAAAAAUCAAAUUCUGCCUUGCGUCAGUUGUUAGAGUAUGCUUAACCUCGGGAUUUGAAAUUACUGCUUAUAUAAAUGGUAUUGGCCAUAAUUUUCAAGAACAUUUUGUAGUCUUAGUAUGGUGGAAGCAUUAAGGAUUUAUUCGGUGUGAGAUAGCACAUUGUUUGAGGAACUGUAGAUGUUGGAGUAAAAGAUCGUCAACAGGGCAGAUUUUGAAAUUUUGGAAGAGAUAAUAUUAGAAGGUAAACUUAGAGCUUGUGGUCAAAUCAUAGGUGCAUGUAACAUGUUAUGCUGCUAAAUUUUA